AACGUCCCCGUCGUUUACAUAACACCCACGCUCCUUACGCUCCUCCUCCUCCACUUCUAAACCUCGUCCUCCUUCUUCCACUAUGCGUUCAACACUCGCACUCUCCCUCCUCGUCUCAGCCUCCGUCGCUCAAGCUGCGCUGACCAUCACCAACCCGACGUCUUCCAGCUGGUGGGUUGCUAAAUCGGCCAAUGUCCUUUCGUGGACUUGCCAGGACUCGCCUUCUAACCAGUUUACUGUCUUGAUCAACUCUCCCUCAAUGGCAGCCCCCCUAGCCAUCAUAGCUCAAGAAAACAACUUUGACUGCUCCAAAACCAUCACCCAAGACCAGGCCAACCAGGCCGCCGGAACGGGGUACACGAUCUUGCUCGCGGAUCCGUUGAAUAAUACCAAUGUCUACGCAACAUCCGAACCAUUCGAAAUUAAAGCCCUCGGCUCAGCCUACCCCUCCCAAGUAUCCUCCUCCGCCUCCUCAGGCGGCUCAGGCACUGCGUCCGGAUCGGGCGCUUCUGCUUCCUCCACGUCCACUUCGUCCAAGUCUGGCGCUGUUGGUGGUGGUAUGCGCUUGGUACACAUUGUGGCCUUCAUGAGUUUUGUUGUACCAUGCCCAGAUAUCGGGUGCGAUUGGAAGGUCAUGUAA